GGGGAGGAGGAGCGCGUCGUGACGCCGCCUGCCUUAAAGCGCCGCGCUUCGGAGGUGUGCAUCCUCCGGCCCUCCCUCCGCCUGUGGCUCCUAGCGUCUGCGUGACGGCGUCGGCCCCGCCCCCUCGCGGACCUCCCGGCGGUUCAGGUGCCUCUCGCGCGCAGAGGCCCGCGAGGUCACCGGCCGACGCGACCGAGUCCCACAGGCAGCCCGGCGCUUCGGCGAGCGCUCGCUUCGCCCCGCGUGAGGCGAUGGGGGCCGCGUCUCUUCCAGCGGCAGCAGCGGGACAGCGAGGAGGAGUAAGGUGAGAUUUCGGAGGAGAGUGCUGGGGGCUCUGAGAGUGGGGAGGACGUUCUGCUUCUCCGAACGUCUGAACGGCUCGACACGGGUCAAGUUCCGCCGAGCGCUCCAACGUAAGCUGGUGUGCAGUGAUUUCCUCACAGUGUUUGGGUUGGGGGAAAGAAGAAGCGCUGGGGUUUUGUUUUGUUUGUUUGGUGUCUCCCCCCACCCCUCGUAGUCGCUGAGGUAAAGCAACGGGACCGGCGUUUCGCAGGAGGUUCGCGCAGCUUCGAAGUGAUUUAGGCCUGCCUCACCUGCAGCGAGGCCCGUUGGGAUGAAGGGGGCUCGCGUCUGUGGCGUGUAGGGGUGCCAAGUUGGAAUAAAAUAUGGGGGACAGGUAAGCCCCACCCCACAUAAUCAAUUGCAUGACUGAAUGGCAAUGCCUAUCGACUUUGGGAAGGCCACCCCCCUUUAAAUAUUGUAUUGGGGGGUGGCGUGGGAAAAGGGACCUCAGUCCCUAGGAGUUGGCCCCUACAGUGGCGUGUUAAUAAAGCCGGGCGCUGCCCUGCUUUGGAAAUAAGGUAAUUGGGUCGUGAGCAUCAUAUCUGGAGGCUUUUGCUAUGGUAGCCCCGACAGCAGGUGGUUCUUAAGUUCCCUUUCCAUCUUAAGAUUUGAUAUGCGCUCCUCAAAGUGCUUACCUGCAAACAAGCCUCAUUGAACUUGAACCGGAUUGCUCGGUUGGUUAGAGUGUGGCGUCAAUAGCGCUGAGGUUGCGAGUUUGAUCUCCGUACAGGACAGCUGCCUGUCCUUGCAUUGCAAGGGGUUGGACUAGAUGGUCCUCAGGGACCCCUUUCCAACUCUUACAAUUCUAUUAUUCGGAAUUGAACUGCUAACUGGAUGGGUUGGCAACAAACGCAGCAUAAUGACAAAUGAAGGUCGUAGGCUGCAUUUCCCCCUGUAUUUAGAUCAAUUUUAUUAAAGGUUUUUGACAAAGAGGAAAAAAGAAACAAAAAUGGUUAAGUAUCUAAAAAUACUGUAUAAGGCUGCCGGCAUAGUUUUGUAUCUCCCAAAGUCAAUAUGUGAUGUUCAUUGGCAUGUAAAAGUUCUGAAUCUCUAGGCACCUGUGUGAUCCUUCACAUGCUUACCUUAUGCUGUACUUUUGUAAACAUCAGCGGUACUGUUAAAAUGUACCUUUUUGUUCAGCCAAUCUGUACCUUUUUGUUCAGCCAAUCAGAGUGUGUUAUGACACUUUGCCAAUUCAUAGAGGUUACUCUCCUGUUUCCGCAAGAAACUUAAGUAGCUAGCUUUGUCCUGAGUCUGCAGUUUUAUGGUAACCUUUGUGUGUCAUGCACUGUACAGCCUUCAAAAGGUGGCUAAUCAUUUGUCUAUAGUGUGAUCUGCUGUAUCUCAAAUUUCCAUUUGGCAUGGUUUUGAUUCCUACCCCCAUCCUGCUUCUUUUCUGCACACAAUAAGGUUUUAAAAGCUUGGGGAGAUUGUGUGUGGCUUUCCAAGAAACGCUUUAAAACCAUUCGCAGUUUCUAAGUAUUGGCAUUAUGUAGUUCUGAAUAAUAGGGAUUCUGGUCAUGUAUCUAAGCAAUCAGAAUUAUGUUGACUUUCUAUGUGCAUUUGAAGUAGCUUUAUACUAUAACUUAAGAUAUUUAAAUUGUGUUCUUGGGAAACCUGCUAAUAUGUGUUUGUGCUUAACACUAAACCAUGGUUUAGCACUACCUGGACAAUCUCUGGUGAGACUGAGAAAAGCACUGGGCUUGAGUGCUCCUCCAUUUCUUUAUACUCUGCUGCUGGGAAGAGGAUCCCUGCUGAAUUUUAUUUUGCUUUCAAAUACAGUGGUACCUCGGGUUAAGAACAUAAUUCGUUCUGGAGGUCCGUUCUUAACCUGAAACUGUUUUUAACCUGAAGCACCACUUUAGCUAAUGGGGCCUGCCGCUGCUGCUGCACGAUUUCUGUUCUCAUCCUGAAGCAAAGUUCUUAACCCGAGGUACUAUUUCUAGGUUAGCAGAGUCUGUAACCUGAAGCGUCUGUAACCCGAGGUACCACUGUAAUGUUGGCUUGUCAUCCUCACUUACAACAAAAACUGGUAAGGUUCAAAGCAAACCACCUUCAAAUCAUGGGUAAUGAAGCUGGCUUAACUAAGCAGUUUGUUUUAAGCCAUAUUCCAGAUUUGUACAAGUUGAAAAGUCAAUGUUAUCUGCACAGAAAUCCUCUGAGCCACAUAGAGGGGGAGAGGGAUUUUUGCUUGGGCUCAUAGCAGCUCAUCCAUGUAGCACUAAACCAUUGUUUAGCGUUAUAUAUCCCCAAACAUAAGGGAUAGGCUGGAGCAAAUAUUAACAUGGUUAAAGCAGUCUUCACAUAAUAGAGCUUUCCUUGAUCUGGACUGUACUUCUGUUGAUGCUGCAUAGAAUAGCUUUAGCUAUAAGUAAUAGUACCACUCUGUUCUGCCUUUGUCAGACCACACCUGGAGUACUGUGUCUAGUUCUGGGUGCUACAGUUUAAUAAGGAUAUUGACAAGCUGGGACAUGUACAGAGGAGGGCAACCAAUAUGAUCAAGGGUCUGGAAACCAAGCCAUAUGAGGAACAGUUGAGGGUGUUGUGUAUGUUUACCCUGGAAAAGAAGAGACUGAGGGAAUAUAUGAUAGCCAUCUUCAAAUCUCUAAAGGGGUGUCACAUGGUAGAUGGUGCAAGCUUGUUCUCUCCUGCUCUGGAGGGUAGGACCCGAAUCAAUGGCUUCAAGAUACAAGAAAGAAGAUUUCGACUAUAAAUACCAGGAAGAACUUUCUGACAGUAAGAGCUGUUAAACAGUGGAAUGGACUCCUUCAGAAAGUGGUGGACUCUCCUUCCUUGAUAGGUUUUAAGCAGAGGUUGGAUGGCCAUCUGUCAUGGAUGCUUUAGAGGGGAUUCCUGCAUUGCAGGGCAUUAGACUAUAUGACCCUUGGGUCCCUUUCCAUUUACAGUUAUCUGAUUCUAUGCUCCAGUUGGUGGUAUUGCCCUGAACUGAUGUGUUCAGAUUAUACAAAAAAAGGUUAUGACUGACCAUCACAAAUAGCUUCCUGAUGGAACAAACUGACAGUGGUUGUCUUGUAAGGUUGUGGACUCUCCUUCGUUAAAGUUUUUAAGCAGUGGUUGGAUAACCAGGGAUGCUAUAGUAAUAGGUUGGUGACGCUUGAGGUCCCUUGCAACUCCUUGAUUACAUUUAAAAUCCAGAUUACCACAGAGCUCUACCUAAUGUCAAUGGAUAAUCUGAGGGAUUUUCAUAUAUUUAUAAACAUUUUUUUCUUUUGUGUGCAAGUGUGUGUCUCUAUAAAGACUGGUAUUUGAAAAAACUGGAAGUGGUUAUUAUAAGUUGCUUUUGCCUGCAAUAUAUAGUUAAACUUUUUUUCUGCUCUUCUAUGGUCUCCAGGCAACAGGUUCCUGUAGCAUUUUUAAUUGUAUCCUGGAAAACGUGUAAAUUACCACCCAGCAGCCAACCCAGCUAGUACUGGUGCAAUACAUGUUAGUUGUGACUGUUGCAUGUGACUUUCAGAUAGUACCCAUGAUGAGAAGCACUCUUCUUUUCCUCAGUUGAUUUUAUUUUAUUUAUUAGAAAGGAUGUAUGAGUGCCCACAUAUUUGCUUGUAUCUCUCCCUGUCAGCAAUGCCUUUACUAUUCAAGAAUAUGUUUUAUUUCCCUUAAAGUUUCCUUCAGGAUGGAAUUGACUAGAACAGCAUCUCCUUGUAAUCUGAUUUAGUCAGUGUGCUCUUACCAUUGUACUGGGGCCCAGGAAAGGCCCUCUAAUUAAAAAUUAGUACUGUAUAGAAAUUAUCAGGCUUUUGUGUUUACUUGCUUACACAAACUUUUAAUUAGUUUGUCCAUUUUUAAGCGACUUGUGUCACAACAACUUUAAAGUGGUUGUUCCUGCUACUGUUUAGCAUCACUGGUGAACAUUUUUACGUAAAACCAGAUUGUAAUUUCACAGUCAAAUUCUGUUGCUUAAAGUAUAGGCAAAAUGCAAGUAAACAUAUACAAAACUAAAUGCAUUAAUUACAUGUUUAAUAUGUUUUAUUUGCUUAAAGAAAUUUAGAGGCGAUCUGGAAUCAAGAUUAAAAGAAUUGAGAUGUUUUGCCGUUGGGGGACUGUGAGGAGGUAAGGCGGCUCUAUUCCUACACUUUUAAUUGUAGCAUAUAAAUUAUUACAUCUGCUUUUGGCUUGAUUUCUGGGAGUUUUAAAUUUUUAGUUUUAGGAAUUGUAAAUUGGAAGUAAGAUUGUAAAUUGGAAGAUCUAUUGGUCAAAACUAUAGAGGUAAAUGUACUUUAUCAUCAUCAUCGAGUAGGCAAUUCAUUCAUAGGAAGAAUGUGUACUUGUACAUCUAAGACAGAAUCAGAUUCCAAGUAGCAGCCAGAAAAUUAUCUACGGUUUUGUGUUGCUUAUUGCACUGAUAGUUCUGAGUGCAUGCUUAUAUAAUUCUAAAUUUAUUAGUACUGUUACAAGUAUUAUCCGCAUAGCCCAAUCCUAAUUUAAAUAGUCCCAGAAUUCUCCCAUCUCUAUAGCAAUUUACCUUUAAGCAUUUUGUGGUCUCUUAGGCUGCUUAACUUAGUCUUCAUCUUUAUUUCUUAGGUUAUGUCUCAAUAAAUUACCAUUGCAGCAUGUUAUCCAGGCAAGAGCUUUAUCAGGGGCUGAUGCUGUCAAUGCCCUGCGGCCAUUCUAUUUUGCAGUGCAUCCAGAUUUCUUUGGCCAGCAUCCCAGAGAAAGGGUAAAUACAUUUUUCUCCAGUGGUUUAAGCUGCAAUCCUAAACACCUACCAUGACAUCAUCAUCAUUAUUAUUGUUUUUUUAAAAAAUUGUAUGCCACCCUUCAUCUGAAGAUUACAGGGCAGUUCGCAACAUAAAAAUAGAAAAUGAGAACAGUAUGGAGAUUGAGCUCCAUUUAACUCGGUGGGACUUCUGAAUUGAUAGAUACUGUUAGAUAUUUGUAUUAUAGACAAACUCUAAUACAGUCGUGCCUUGGAUCCUGAAUGCCUUGCGAACUGAACGUUUUGGCUCCCGAAUGCCGCAGACCCAGGAGUGUUCCAAUUUGCGAACAUUCUUUGGAACCUGAACGUCGGCUGCGGCUUCCGAUUGGCUGCAGGAGCUUCCGAAUGCUUUGGAAGUCAAACGGACUUCCAGAACAGAUUCCGUUCUACUUCCAAGGUACCACUGUAUAUCACUUAAAAUAUAUUUUCAUAACCCUAGGGUCCCUUGGAAACACAUGACAGUUAUUAUAAAAUUAGAUUGUGAGAUUAACAGUUACUAAAAGCUUGAGUAAAUAUGCAGAUUUUACCCUGGCACCAGGUGGGCCUCAGAGGAAAGGCAGUGGACUCAAGAUGGUGAACAUGACUCUUUUUUCAGCUCUCUGUGUUGGUUAGGGUGAAAAGCUGCCUGGCACAAGGUAACUCAUGGCAGAAUAGGGAUUUUUUUGAACCUGAGUUUCCUCAGUCUUAGUAAACGACACACAUUUCCAUAUAAAUAUACUGUGAAUCAAAAGUUGUUGUGAACAGACGCUGUUAAUUUAUGUGUAUUUGCUUUAACCUGGGCCAUGUUCAAAACUUGAGUAAUUCUUUUUCUUGUAAUUAUUUUCAGGAGAUCAAUGAAAAUUCUUUGAAGAGAUUAAAUGGUUAUUUGGAGAAUCUCCAAAAACCAGGUUUCAGGUCUUUAAAACCAACUCGGCUCACUUUUUACGUACGCGAGAAAGAACAAAAUCCUUCCAAUGUUCAAGAACCAUUUGGCUCCUCAGGUAUUUUAGACAUUUCGGGUCCCGCCCCCCCCCUUACAAAAUAAACUGCUUUUGAGUACUUGAAAUUUUCUUGUCAUUAAAAUUUCUAGCCGUUAAGCACUGGGUUGUUGUUUUUUCUAAGAAGCCUCUGAAACAGAGUUUAAUUAGAUUUAGCCACCAGAUUUGUUUCUUUGUGUAUCCCUAUAAAAUUAUGGUUUCCCUCACUUAGCCAAAAUAUAGUGUAUAAAACUGCUAAAUGUAGACGGGAGGAAUUUUUCUGAAAAUUAAAGCUGCACUUUUGAAAAUUCAUGUAGCCUCUAAAUCAAAAAGAUGUUGAGUUUUUUAUUUGAAAAUAUUAACUAUUUCUCACUUUACUAUAUCCUGUUCUAGAAGUUAUUAGCACAAUGAACUGAGAAUUAAUUAUGAAUAAUCACUUUUAACAAGUUAUUUUAUUUACCAUCUAAUACGUAGUAAUCUUCAAUUGUUGGAGCAGGGUGCUGUGAUAAUAGACAAAUACACUGAUGUUUCUGUGUCUUAGUAUCAUGCAUACCUGCUCAUAGCACUUCACAGCUAUUGGCUUAUAUUUUCAGUGUUGUUGUUUUUUAUCAGAGUCCCGUAGUGCACUUCAUCCAAAAAUAGCAUUAGGAAAAGCCUUCACAGUGGAGCCUGUUCAUAUCAAUCUUGGAGCAUGGGGACUUAAUCUGCUGAGUCCAGGAGCACUGUCAGUUGAAAUCAAAUCAGUUAAUAACAGUAGUACUACAGUUUAAUGAAGCUGACUAGGAGAUUAAUCCAUGCAAGCCAUGGUUUGCAUUAUCUUUGGUAAGGCAAGCAUAAGGAAAUGCAUUCUGUUAAAUACUGCCUUGUUCUGGGUUUGCAUUUUGUAGGAUUUCGAGCAGUCAGUUUCACCUUGCGCACCAGGGACCUACUAAGCACAGUACUGGACAUCCUGAACUCCUGUAACUUAUCUACGGACCAUGUCCAAAUCUUGAAUGGCAAAGUGGCAACUCCGUCUAACCAGUCAGCAGAAAGAAUCUUCCACAGGCCUAUCAAAUGGGACAAGACUUACUACUCUUUUACUGGAUUCAAGGAUCCUGAGGAAGAACUUGAACAGGCUCAAAGGAUGGAAACUACACUAAGGUACUGACCUUAGUGACAUUAACUUCCUCAAUUUCAGAGUCUUAAGAGGCCUUUUCAGGAUUUUGAACCAAUUGAUUUCUCACCAGGAGAAGUUGUUGGCAACUUCUGCUUGCAAAGCAUAUGAUUUAUCCCAAACAGAUAUUUUGUGUCUCGUAUUUUAGACUUGAAUGAUUAAUUUUUAAAACAUUUGAGUAGGGAAGUGUUGAAUUUGGAACUCCUACCAGGCAUACAAGCAUGCUAUGUGAAUGAACUUCAGCUUGCACAAUGGAAGUUCAGUUUCCACUGCUCCCCCACUGCAGACCCCAGUUCCCCAUGCUCCCAAAAUCUACCCUACAGGUUCCCCAACUAAGAAAUAGAUAGAUGUGGGAAAGUAGUAUUCGUGAAAUAGACUUUGACUUGACCAUCACAAUUUGAAUUGGUUAUCUACUGAUAGUGACAUGCAUUUCCAUCCCUGAGAGUGCAUGCAGAAAUUUGCGUGCACAAUUCUAGAUUGACAGCCACGCACUUUAACUUUAUAUAGUUGUCGCUACGUUGCCAUCAGUCCUUCUAACUGUUCACAGGCUGACAAUACAGGUUUCCAUGAAAAUGUUCUUUCCUCCAAAGUAUUUACUGCCAGGAAUUUUGGCAGUUUUGAAGAGCACCAUAGGGAGGCUAGCCAUUGUUGAAUGAAAGCCAGCCACAACUUUUAAUCAACAAACCCAUAGAAAUUCUUUGUUCAGUAUACAACUGCAAGUCAUUCUCCAAGUAUGGAUCUUUAUGUAGCCAAAAAGGCAGCAUUCACACUCGAGAUGGACAAAUCAGCAGGAUUAGGGGAACUUGCAGGGGUUUGCAGAAAUAUAACAGAUAUUUCACAGGGAGGGAAACAAAACAACCCAGUGAAGACUAAGCAUGCUAAAUUGGUACUGAAUGCCCAGAUACCUUGAGAGAAAGAAAACGGGGAGGUGGAAUGGUACAUCCUGGAAGAGGGUGUGGCUGGCUGUGUGCUAGAUAAAUAUUAAUUGAAAGUUCAGUCAGUAGAACAUGAGAGACUUAAUCUCAGGGUCAUGGGUUUGAACCCCACAUUGAGCCAGAUAUUCCUGCAUUGCAGGGGGUUGGACUAGAUGACCCACGUGGUCCCUUCCAACUGUACAAUUAGUUCUAUGAUUCCAUAAUUUUAAGAAGGUUCAUGAUGUGCUCUCACACUUUUUCUGAUACAUGAACACUUUAAAUUUCUGCUUAAAAUUUAUCGUUAAUCCUCUUGCCCAAUAACUGUGUUUUUAAAUCUCUUUGUGAUCCAUGUUGUUUUUCUAGUUCUUGGUUAGAUAGUAAUGAACAAAGUGCAGAAAAGAAGCUGAAGAAUAGCUUACCACUCAGGAAAGAGCUAGAUCGUUUGAAAGGUGAACUUUCUCAUCAGCUACAGCUCUCUGAUAUCAGGUAACAAAUUAACUUAAACUGUGUGAAAAAGCAAUGGGUUGGGUUUUUUUUUAAGAUUAAGGGUGGAACAGAGCAACACUGCUGGUAUGUGAUAGACUCCAGCAAAUGUAUUUUAAAGGUACCAGAAAUGUGUGCUUACAAUGCUAGUCCAAGUGUUAUAAUGGUCACUGCAAUUUUAUUCUUAGUUUAGUUGCAUUUUUAAGCAGCUGCGUUCAGUGCAUCAAUGUUUUAAUACCCUCCCACACAAUUGUUUCAACAGCAAAAAAUAGUUAAGAACACAAAAAAGCAAAUAUAUUUAGAACAAAACUAGAUAAGAGCUAUAUAGACACCCGUGGCAGUCACCCAUUCAUCCAAAUGGUCAAAGUUUCUAUUUGAGUUAUAGAUCAAGUUCUUAUUGCUCAAAGCUGCUUGUCUGCUAAUGACAAAUAAUAAUGCAUUUCAUUGACUAUCUCUGUCACUCUUUUGUUACCUAAGUUGCUGUGCAAUUUAAAAGGAGUGAAACAUGCUGGUGUUGGUUUGGUUUUUUUAGAUGGCAGAGGAGCUGGGGUAUCGCCCAUCGGUGCAGCCAGCUACACAGUCUAAGUCGGUUAGCUCAACAAAGCCCAGAAGCGCUAAGGAAUGCUAAAGGUACAUUCUUUUGCUACAGUUUUUUCCCCUUUCACUUGUCAACGAUAUUAUGCUGCUCUUUAAAGAAAAUUCUGAAUCUUUUAAGCUGGUGCAAGUUGGUUUCCUGCUUUCCUUCUCAGCAGAAUGUGGGGUGCUGUGUUUGAACUUUAAAGCCCUAAAUGAUUCAGAUCCUACAUGUCUCCAAGGUUGCAUUGACUGAGGCUAAAGCUAUUAGUGGCUACUAAGCACAAUUGCUAUAUGUUACUUCGUCUGUCAGAGGUAGUUUAUUCUGGACACAAGCUGCAGGGGGAUUGCAGGUGGGGAGAACGCCAUUUCACAGGCCCCACUUGCAAGCUUUCCUGUUGGAGAGCACCAUUGCCUUUGGAAUUAUCCAGCAGAGCUCUUUGUAUGUUCCUAUCCAACCUACCCUGAUCUCUGUGAUGACUCAAAGCACCCAUAUGAGAUUAUGUUGGUGUUAACGCAUAGGGUUUACUUACGUAUGUGGGUGCCAGGAGUUCAGGCGGGCCUAGAGAGAGAUGCCUAGUGGAGGACGGCCUAAAAGAGACCUUAGAUCUGUAGCAGGGGAUUCACAGGGAACCUUUUGGAAUCCCAAGACAAAUUCCCUUUGUUGUCAGUCAACCCCACCCUCCAAAAAAGCUCAGCUGUGAAUAGUGACCCCCCCCCAAAAUGCCUCCUCUUUUCAAUAGGUCGCACAGUGAUAUUUACAGACCGUUCAGGCAUGAGUGCAACAGGCCAUGUUAUGCUAGGAACUAUGGAUGUUCACCACCACUGGACCAAAGUAAGAACUGGUAACUAAAUUAUAUAUAUAUAUUUUAAAAAGUUGCCGUUUCCAGCCUGUUUUAAUAUGUAUGUGGAGUGCAAAAAAUUAUGUGGGCAACCUCCCUGUUUCUGGUUGACACAACCUGUCACUGAUUUCUUAAGGAGAGUUUGUGGUGUCUUGUCACCUUGCUGCUGGAAAGUGGAGUUACAGCAUUGUAUGUGCGUACAGUAAUUGACUCUUUCUCUAGUGCCUUAAUGUCUAAAACAACUAACUCACAACUCUAAAAGAUAACUUAUAAAGCUAUAUUUUGGUUCUAGUUAAGGAUUACAUGAAUGCAUUUUUUUUAAGCCUUCCUGCAGUUCUGAUAUCUCUGUAAUAUAUUGAGCUAGUGCAGGCCUAACUCAUGAUCUCCCUCCUCCCACCCCUCCCUGCCUUAAGGGAUAUGUUGGUACAGUCUUGUAUUUAAAGCACUAGUCUGGUAGCCAUUUGGCAAGGAAUUACGUGUAGGCGAGUGAGGGGGCUUCCAAAGAAAGCUAAGCAUCCCACUCUGCUAGCCCCUAAGGAGCUAGUGAAAUGUUAUGCAGGCUAGUAGUCUGUGUGAGCUUAUUUAUGAGGUUGUGUCAGAGCCACUUUGACUAUAGCUGAUACUAACCAGAGUUCCUAUUUACAAUUUAAUGCUUUUGUUUAAAAAAUAGCCGUGCACUUAAACCUUUUCUGGGGUUUAAAUCUGAAGUGAAUAAAUGGUGUCCCUCGGUUAUCAGCUGUAUUUUAUUUACCGUAGAUUAUUGUGAUUUUACUGUUUUAUCAAAUGAAAAUUUGUAAAAACUGAAACGGCAUCAACAGGUGAGAACAAACCGAAAUACAUCAAAAUGGAAAUACAGGAUGAGUCACCUGACAAGGUUGUAAAAACGUUAAAUCAUUUUCAUAAGAUCUGCUGAAAUUACAAAAUCCUUAUAUUGGUGCCUAAAACCCCUCACAGAUAUUUCCAACUUGAUUUCAUUAGGUAGAAAGUUCAAGUCUCAAGCCCGGGAGCUUAUCAUUUUCCAUUAACAGUAACUCUCUGCUGAUAAAGAGUUUCUAAAACGUACAUUUGGACAGUUGGGUGGGAGUUGGUUGUGUUUGAUCAUGUCACCCACUUAAAUAAACCUUUUAAUUUGUGCAGAUUUUUGAGAGAUUGCCAAGCUACUCUGCACUUCAGAAAAAAGUGCUGCUUUUGGAGGACCGCAUAAGCCAUAUUUUGGGAGGCAUACAAGUAGGAUACAUUGAAGAGCUUCAACCGAUGCUGAUGCUUGAAGAGUAUUACUCUGUCCUGGACAGCUUUUACAAUCGAGUGCGUAACAGCAGGCUCCCAUUUCACCCUCACAGCCUGCGUGGGUUGCAAAUGAUUCUAGAAAGGUGUGCAUUUACGAAGAUGAAGACGAUGAUGAUGAUAUAUAUUAACCUGCUGCUUGUUGUACCAAAGUGUCUCAAAGGGACUUGCGUAAUAAAAAUAGAAACUGGCAAAAUGUUAAAACCAAGUAGUAAAACAAGACCUAAUGUGCUCAUCCAUGUAGGUAUGAUUUUAUUAUACAAGAAACAAAUCCUACCCACCCCACUUAAAAGGAUGAGCCCAACAAAGAGGCCACAGAUAUAGCUAGUUACCCUCUCAACUAAGGGCAAAAGGCUUGAGUAAAUAAAAAUCUCGUUGCCUGGUGCCUAAAACAGAUGGUGAUGGUGCCAAGCAUGCCUCCCUGGGGAGAGAACUCCACAAGUGGGGAGCCAUCAAUUAAAAAAGUCCAUUCUUGUGUUACUACCUUCCACACACUCCUCAGAGGGCAGCCUGAGAAGGGUCUCAGAUGACAAGUGCUGGCUUGGGUUGGUUCAUGUGCGGAGAAGCGGUCCUUGAGUUAAUUGAAGACCUGAGCCACACAAGACUUUAUAGGUUAAAACCAGGACUUUGAACGGAGCCUAGAAACUAACUGGCAGCUAGUGCAGUUGUGCCAGAGUUGUUACAUGUUAAACCAUCUUGCCCUGGCAGGCAAUCUGGCACUGAAUUUUGCACUAGCUGCAAUUUCUGAACUGUCUGCAAAGCAUUGUGCAUUACAGUAAUGAGGGCUGGCCCACUCAUGUGGCAAUGCGAGGCAACUGCCUUGGGCAGAAGGAUAUACAAGGGCAGCAGAUCUGGCCUCUAAGGCAGAGGUUUUGAACCUUUUUGAGUCCAUGGCUCCCUUAACAAACUACAUUCCAUUUGUGGCAACCUGGGGGGCUCAGGAGCCCAGUUAUGUCGUCCCCUUUCCUGCCAAGCUGGCAGCCUCUCACCCUUUGUUGAGCACGCUCCCUUGUGGAGUGUUCCCUCAGCCGCUGCUUUGUCUAAGCCUUUGGGAAGCAGAGACAGGAGAGGGGAUCAGAGGAGAGAGGGAAGGAAAGAGGCAGAGAGGCUAGUGCUGCCCAGGGCACCCCUAACCAUCAUUCAAGGCACCCCAGGGUGCCACGGCACACUGGUUGAAAGCCAUUGCUUGAAGGAAUAUUGUCUGCUGUGGCAGCAACAGCUGCAGAGCAUUCUUUGGAGGCAGGAACUUCCUCCUCCUUGGCAGCUCCAUAUUUUUUAAGAGUUCCAGCAAAUUACAGACCAGUUAGACUUUAUAUAUGUUCCAGGAACACUGAUGAAAAGUAUCAUUAAAUAGAGAAUUAUGAAGCAUCUCAAAGAAGCAGAAUCAGCAUGGCUGAUGGUAAAGUUUUAGCAUUAUUUAAGAGUACAAAUAAGCAUGUGCAUAUGGGUGAUCCAAUAAAUAAGGACUUGUUAAGUUUCUAUAUUGUGAAUAUUACUUUAAGCAAAAACCUUCCAUACAAAAAGGACCAUCAGCUGUUUUGCACUAUCCUUAAUGUACUUUCUCUGUUUUAUUACAGUGACAGGUAUGCACCAUAUCUGCAUGAACUAGGGCACUUCAUCAUCCCAACAACCUGUGACCCAGCAGCACUCCAGUGGUUUAUGAUCACUAAAGCACAACAAGCACGAGAGAAACUGAAAAGAAAGGAAGAGUAAGUGCUUCUUAAAGCUCAGUGCUACUGCUCCGUUUUGUGCUUGACAUCUUGGGAGGUUUCCAAGGAGAUUGAUGGGGAGGAACCAACACUUAAAAAUGUGUAAAAAGUGUAGUUCAACUUACAAAACUACUAGCGCCCUCCACUGAUUAUAAGAGUGUGUUGCUUCAGGAAGUUGUGAAAAACCUCUUGCCUUGUUUGCCCUGCUAUUAAACGCUGUGCUCUAGGUUCUCAUCUGGAUGUGUUAGCACAAAUAUACAUACAACCACACACCAUGGUGAGGGGGGAGUGUGAGGGAGGGUUGAGGACCUAGUUUUCACCUGGCCUUAGUGCCAGCCAGUCGCUAACUAGUUCAGUUGCUUCCCUUUCCUGGCCCUAGCUAGGAAUAUGGAAAUGGGUAUGAUAACUGAGACAAAACCCAUGGAAUACUCCUUUAUUCCUAUCUCCCCCACAGCUGGGUACAAGAUUAGCCAUCCAUUAAACUGAUUAUUUGCAGUUUGGGAAGCACUUGUGGGGGGUAAAAUAUGGGUCUCUUGUAGCGGAACGGAUAUUUCCAAAAGCUGAAACACAAGAACCAAUUCUGUAUUUUCUCCCCUUCACAUUUAUAACUUUGGAAUGGGGGUUUAUGUUUAUUAUUUCAGGUCAAUGGUGUUAGAGAAGAAACUGAUCAAGGCUUCAGCUGAGAAAUUUCGUCUCCAAAGGCUGUACAAAGAGCCCAGCGUUUCCUGCGUACAGAUGAUCCAUUCUUGCAAUAGACUGCUGGAGGGGGAGUCACUUCCCAACUUGCAAGGCAUGCAUCUCUGCAUUUCUCAUUUCUAUUCUGUGAUGCAGGAUGGAGACCUCUGUAUUCCUUGGAACUGGAAACACUGAAGCCACCAGCUGAGUAAACUUGACCAGUCCAGUAUUUUGCUAAGAAGCAAAUGAACAAUCGGAACUACUUAGACUAAAUUAUUGAGAUGCUCGUUUUUUAUGCCAGUAUUCUACAAGUAAUCCAAGAUGCUUCCUUGGUUUUCAGCUGCUGCUAAAGCAACAAACUACUAAGUCAGUUUAUGCAGUCUCACAAAAGGCUGAGUGGUUCCUAUGUGAAGUCCGGGAUAUGUCUGCUUCAGGGUGAUCACUGAAAGGAUCUGUUGAGGGACAAGAUGUACAAAACUUGGAUGAAAUCUAAAGACGACAAAGGCAUGUGGGUUUUUAUAUAUUCAAAAUCUGUUAGUACAUCCUCCAAUAUAGAUGAACAGUAUGGAUUUUAAUAUAUAAGAAAUUGUACUUAGAGAAUUGAAGUUGGCAUUGAAGCACAGAUUCCCCCCUCCCUCACUGUUGGGACUAUAAAAACUGAAGAAUGGAUAUUUUUCAGAUGUUGCCAAUAUUCUAGUUGAGUAUUUGUACAUAAAGCAUACGGCAGAGUAUUUAUUUUGCAGAAGUACAGUACAGCUUGUUUUGACAAAAUUUUAUAAGUGUCUAUGGAAAACCUUUACCCAUUAGCAUUGCACUUUCAACUUUUUUUUUUAGAUGAAAUUUACAAAAUAACUUACUGUGUUGCACAUUGAUUUGUAAACUGUCCUCUUUUCAGCCAUGAGACUGGUGUGUGAUUCUCUCCAGGUGCACUUACAGCUUAUUCCAGCCAAAGCAUAGUACAUGUCCACACAGAAACAGCCUGUGCACACUACUAGGUACUGUGGGGAAUCUACCCAUAAGACACGGGGGCCCCUAAGCUCCACAGGAUACCCCUGUGUCAAAAGCAGGAAGUUUAUUUAUGCAGAGUGGGGAAACCUACUCUGCAUGAAAUCCCUAAUGUUUGAAAAGUCAGAUCCCUGAAAUAAGCACCUUAAAAGACGUGUCUUGCCGUCUUCAGACGCAAAAGAUGUAUGCAAACUACCAAAUGAGAGUAUUAGUGUGAGGAAGAGUAUUGAGAAAACUAGUUUGCCAUGAGAUUGUCUACCAAGUACUUGGUUUCAUCUCAUUGGGGUAAAAUGCAGCACUGUUUUUUUUCUCUCUCUUUAAAUUUUUCCCAAAAAAAAUACUUUCGUUUUUACGUGUUUAUAAUGUAUGACUAACUCAAUGAAAUCUCUCAACAGGGAAAGGAAGAGGUGUUAACACUUUGGUUAGUGCGAGUAGUGGAACACCUUUGGUUUCCUUGGAAGCUGAUGGCAUUCAUAUUCCCAAAUAAUGAUCCCUAAGCUUCUGGGUACAUAUUUGAGUGCUGCUGGAUGUCAUUAGUCUGAAAGUCCUGUUGUCCUGUGUCAGUAUUUUUAAACUACUCCUGAUGAGAUGUCAGUGUUGUUCUUCAGAAAUAAAACAGUCUUAAACUUGCAUGACUAAUGUUAUUUACGGUUUAAUUGUUUUGAUGAAAGGGGUUGAUAAAAGGCCUGUGCAGUGUUACCCACUUAGUCCAAUGAGCCUUAUCAACAUUUCUCUCCUCCUAGGUCUUUGACUGAUUAAACAGUCUGUGGCUUUUUGAAUGUGUUUGGAAGAACGGGAUCAUUGAGGGUUUUUUGUUUGUUACACAUUUUGUGUUUUCAUUUUGUAUUUGUGACCUUCAGAUGAAGGGCAAUGUACAAAUUAAAUAAAUAAAUAGCCAGAGAUGGCGUCCUGUCAGCCGUUCAGUACAUACCCUAUGUUUGCCUCAUGGCUGGGACUGGAAAAAUAAAAGGGGUGUGAGUGUCAAGCUCUUAGCAAGACUGCAAUAUAAAGCCAUUGAUCUACGUUACAUUUGGUAGGUCGCAAUAUGCCCUGCCUUACAUGUUCAUAUAUAACUGAGCCUUCCUGUUGUUGUCCAUAUGGAAUAACAAAACUUGUAGCUAUCCUAUUCCUAAUAUAAGAAGAGAAUAGUGUGAACAUUAUAUUUGCAAAGUAGUUCCAAGCCUUGCCAGUAGGGGGCAGACUUUCCAAAAGAAUCCUGAAAAUCAGAGUUAGGAGCAAAAGCAUGGAGUCCAGCUAAAAACAAAAGUUUCUCCACUGUUACCUAUAUUCUGUUCUAUGCUCUCAACCCCAAGGUAAGAAGAGCAAAGUUCUUUACUGUUCCACCAUGGAAUAUUGAAGAACAAUCAAGUAUUGGGGUUCAGUGUCCUUAGGAAAUAGCUGAGCUACCAGUGCUGUCGUCUGGAACAAUCUUUCUGUACUGAAAAGUGUUCUCGAAAAGAAUAUAAUUACAAUUGGGAUUGUUAUAGCAUUUGUACUGUCUUGUGUCACAGGAGGUAUACUGGCCAAUCUUUGAUGUAAAUAUUGUAGCCAAAAGCUCUGGGUUGUUAUGCUACUUAGGGUUAAAAGGCUUAAAAUACAGGAAGAUACCUUCUAGCGAGCCAGCCACUGGUUCAUCUAAGCUCAAUAUUGUCUAUGUGGACCAGCUGUGACUCUCCAAGGUUUGACAGAGGACACCUACCUGGAGAUGCUGGGGAUGAAAUCAUACAAUUGUAGAGUUGGAAAGGGACCACAAGUAUCAUCUAGUCCAACCCUCUGCAAUGCAGGAACCUUUUGCCCAACGUGAGGCUCAAACUCAUGACUCUGAGAUUAAGAGUCUCAUCCUCUACUGACUGAGCUAUCCCAGCAGCUAGAACCUGCCAUCUCUCUGCAAAGCAAAUACUCUACAUUUGAGCUAUAGUCCUUCUUCCUAAGUAUUAGGAGUAUCGCAGGUUCGAUAAUGACCCAUUCUACAAGUUAGUCAAGGGGAGAAUGAUUGGUACGGUCCUAAAGAGUGCAGGUUGCUCAUACAUACAUUCCAGUUCUCAAAUGGCACUUUUAGUGUAUUUUUUUAAUAAAAAAAAUAACACCCUUAGAGCUACACUAUGAGAUUAAUUACGUGAUUAAUAAUGCUUGCAGACACCCUGCUGGCUAGGCAAUUCUCAGCGAGCAGAAUGCAAAAUGUUCCAUGGCAUUAUUUCCUGAUGUGCUGGAUGCAUAGCUAUGCAGCAUUUAUUAUAGAGCUGAGUAGGGGAGACACCCUCAAGGGAAAACAAAAACUAGAUCUGUCUCAGGUUAUUAUAAACUGAGAAUUGAUGGGCAUUCCCAGUAGCUUGUUGCUAAGCAGCCAAUAGAUGCAGUUGCCCAUAACUCUAGUUUUCUUUAAAUAAAGUGUGUUCAUCUGCAAGCAUAACUAUGCUCCUGUCACACUCCUGUCUUCUACUGCGGAUGGGUCAGGGAGUCUUAAUACUAUCUUCGGGUCUUUGGGCCAGUUUUUAAUUGCCUGAUACGGGUACAGUAUUUCUUGGGUCACCUGCGGCAUAAGGGGAAUGUGUGCAUCAAAACACCCCAAAAUUAAGCUUGUAUAUGUUCUAAACACUGAAGCAUUUGUGUUAUAUCAUUGUAUAUUUUGUGCUCUUGGUCUGUUAAAGACCAGAAGAGAUGAGCUGUUCCUUAUAGAGUUUGAUGGCUGCAGAGGAGUCUUACAAGUUGGGGAAAUACAUUCUCCCCAUGAGUUAUUAGCCAUGGGUGGUUAAUACCUAAUAUCCUGGUAGAAAAUGUUUGGAAGUCUUAACAGCCUUUACCAGUAGCAGAAAUAUUUUUACAGCAGCCACAUAGUGAAAGUUCUUCAUUUGCACUCUAGCUCUGUGAUUAUGUGGAUAUGUCUAGUCUCGCAAAGAACCAUAGAAUCACAGAGUUGGAAAAGACCCCCGAGGGUCAUCUAGUCCAACCCCCUACAGUGCAGGAAUCUUUUGUCCAAUGUGGGACUCGAACCCACAACCCUGAGGUUAAGAGUCUUCUGCUCUACCAACUGAGCACACCCAUGGCACCUAAUGGUGCCUGUGGCCAGUUGCAUUCCACAUAGUGAUGGUAAUAAUCAGGAAAGCAAAUAGAGGUGGGAGAAAGAGAGAAGAAGAAUCACAUUUGCACAGCAACAACUCAAAUGAAUAUUUUUACCUUAUGGGCAUGGGCAGUCUGUUUGGUUCUCUCCAUGUAUUGUUGGACUCCAACUCCUAUCAACCCCAGCCAGCGUGGCCAAUGUUCAGCAACGAUGGGAGGAGUCAAAUAAUAUCUGAAUACUCACACACUGGCUACCUAUGGUCUGAAUAGAGUUGUGAUCCAUGUGACGGUCACCUCCAGGCUUGACUACUGUAAUUCGCUCUACGCGGGGCUGCCCUUGAAGCUGUCCCAGAAACUCCAGCAGGUGCAGAAUGCUGCAGCGAGGCUCCUCACGGGGUCUCUGCCACGGGAGCAUAUUCACCCAGUGCUUUUCCAGCUGCACUGGCUCCCGGUGGAGUACAGGGUCAGACUUAAGGUGCUGGUUUUGAUCUUUAAAGCCCUUCAUGGCCUAGGACCCUCGUACCUACAGGACCGCCUCUCCCGGUAUGCCCCACGGAGAGCCUCAAGGUCCAUAAAUAGCAACACCCUAGUGGUCCCGGGCCCUAAGGAAGUUAGAUUAGCUUCAACCAGAGCCAGGGCCUUUUCAACACUGGCUCCAGCCUGGUGGAACACUCUGCCUCAUGAGACCAGGGCCCUGCAGGAUCUGAUUUCUUUCCACAGGGCCUGUAAGACAGAGUUGUUCCACCUGGCCUUUGGCUUGGAGCCAAUUUGAUUCCCUCCCCCUCUUUCUUUUUUCUUUCUCCUCCUGUGAUGAGGCUGCAUUUUAAUAUUUUAAUGUUUCAAUAUUUUAAUGUUGUAUUUUAAUCUUGUUUUUAAAUUGUAUUCAUUCAACUUGUUUUUAUUAUUGCUUGUUAGCCGCCCUGAGCCCGACCUUGGCUGGGGAGGGCGGGGUAUAAAUAAAAAUUACUAUUAUUAUUAUUAUUACGAAGAUGGCCCUGUAAAUCUGCCUGGCUGGAAGAUAAUCUAAGAGCUAUGGUUGCUUUGCAUUCUUAUGUGCAAUAACAAAAUGCAAGCACUAUUUAGAAGACAUCUAGAGGACACGCCUGCACCUUUCUUGCACAAACCAGUCAAAAUCAAGGCCAAUAAAUAUUAUAAUAUC